CGAGAGGAAAAUGGUCUCUUCCCGGCGUCGAGUUACUCCUAGAUCGCGGUGCAACAUCUAUCCGCCAGAAUAAACACCUUACAAAGAAAGAGGUCUGGUUCGGUAAGAAGUUGCACCGCACCUAAGGUUACCGAAUGCGAAAGUCUCGGAAAAUUCAUAUCUCAGCCUCGUAUACGUAAUCACAAGGCUGCCACAGCAUAUUCAAUUUCCUCCGCACCCCGUCUCCCGAGUCCUGACAGACACCAAUGUCCCAAACCAACCACAGCGAACAUGCCCAUCCUCCAGCUCCCCAUCCUCGGAGAUCGCAUCCGGGUCCCAGCCAUUGAAGACCUCGCCAUUCCCGCGGUCUCGGGCCUGAUUCUGUUUCUGACAUACUCGAGUCAGUAUCUGUUCCAUUAUAUCGAGCCGGGACCGUUGACGAAGGGGGAGGCGAUCUGGUUUAAUGUCCUGGUGGGGUGUGUUUGGUGGUGUUAUGAUUGCGCUUGUACUGUUGAUCCGGGGGAGGAGGGGUGGGUUGGACGAGGGGUGAGAGAAGAGGAGGAUGAGGAUGAGGAUGGAGAGGUGAAGUUGCGGAAGGGGAUGAGGUGGUGUAAGAAGUGCGAGGCUGUGAAGCCUCCGCGGGCGCAUCAUUGUCGGAAAUGCGGUCGAUGUAUUCCCAAGAUGGACCAUCAUUGUCCAUGGACCACGAACUGCGUUUCUCAUACCACGUUCCCGCAUUUCAUACGUUUCGUGUUCUACGCUGUGGUCAGUAUGGCCGUCCUAGCAUACCACCUCUUCAUCCGCCUCUCGACUCUAUGGACAAACCGCAAUCUGCCCUCCUAUCUAGGCCCACCUGUCUGGGCACUUGCGCACCUAUUCAUACUCGCCGCAAUCAACUCCUUCACCCUCUUCGCAUUAUCGAUCCUCCUUUCACGCGCCGUCUACAGUCUCAUCAUGAACACAACAAUGAUCGAGUCCUGGGAGAUAGAGCGUCACGAAGCAUUAGUUGAACGUAGCCGGAAGACAGGCGGAUACGUAUAUGCGAAUGGCGGGCAGAAAGUCAGGGUGGAGAGACAGGAAUUUCCUUAUGAUAUUGGGAUUUGGAAGAAUUUAUGCCAGGCGUUGGGGACGUCGAAUAUUUUGCUUUGGUUGUUGCCGUUUGGUGGGGGACCGGGUGUGGAGAGUGGUCUUGAGUGGGAAGAAAAUGGGUUUGAGGAGGAGGGGAAGACGUGGCCGCCUCCGGAUCCGGAUAAGAUGCCUAGAGCAACGCGAAAAGAAGAGCCAACGGAAGAGAGGGAGUAUGGCACGCUUGAAGAAGAAAAGGAGGCUUUUCGGAGGAGACAACAGGAUGAUUAUAAACGAUGGGUGAAGAAGGAGUUUUUGGAUGAAAAAGAAGCUGAAGGGGAUAGUGGGAGUGAAGGUUAUGAAUAUGAGGAAGGUAUUGAUGGAGAACCGGGGUGGACCAAUUCAGAUGGUGAUAGGUUGAGGGAUUAUGGUGUUGAUGAGGAGGCUGAGAUAAUAGCUGACGAUGAUGAUAUACCCCUAGGAGAACUCUUGAGAAGGCGGAAAGCUCGAGUUGUUGAGGACGAGUAAUGGAUUAGAUUAUAGAGUUCGAAGAACAUGUUCGCCGGAGCAAUGUCCCAUUGAGACCUGGUCCUUCUCAGCAAAAGUACCUGUCAACUUUACACCAAACAUGAAUCCCAUAGCCGAG